AUGGCAUAUAAUGAGUUUUUGUUUAACAAAGCCAUGGACAAACUUAGGAAAGUUAGUAAUGAGGCAGCAAAUUGGUUGCUAGAUCCUGAAAGGCCUAAGAGCAUGUGGGCAAGACAUACCAUUGACUCUGAAUGCAAAUCUGAUCACGUAACAAAUAAUAUUUCAGAGUCCUUUAAUAGUUGGUUGGGUGAUGACAGAAAAAAGACAAUUUUGUCAAUGAUUGAGUCAAUGGCUUGUAGGUUGAUGGCUAGAUUUCAAACAAGGUUUGAAAAAGGAUGUGGUUUUGAGAAUAUUAUAACACCUAAGAUUAGAAAGGUGCUUGAUACUACAAUGCAAGAUGGAAGAAUGUGUAAGCUUACAUAUGCCGGUAAUGACGAGUUUCAAGUGAAAGAUGGAUAUACCACCUUCGUGGUGAACUUGAGAUCUAGAACAUGUGGUUGUGAUUAUUGGAGGGUGUCUGGUUUACCAUGUAAACAUGCAUGUGCUUGCAUUUCGUACAAGAGAGAAAAUGUAGAACUAUUUGCUGAUAACGCGUAUACUACAAAAGUCUAUUGUUUAUGUUAUAAAGAGAUUAUACAUCCCAUGCCUGAGUUAGAUAUAAAAAAUAGAGGUAGCUAUGAGAAUAUUGAUCCUCCUGCCUUGAGGAGACUUCCAGGUCGACCAAGAAUUAAUCGAAAGAGAAGUGUUAUCGAAGGUCGAGGUGGUCCUCAAGAUGCAAGAAGAUCAAAUACAAUUAGAUGUGGAAAUUGUAAGGAAUUUGGACACAAUAUAUUGGGCUGUCAAAGAGAUAAAACUAACAAACAGAAAAAGUUACAGGUGCGACGUAAAAAAAACAGUAGCGGUGCUUAUGAAAACACAGAAAGUCAUCAUGGAGCUGCAAGUCAAGAUCGCUCGGGAAAUAGCCAAGUCGCUCAUGAGAAUGUUCAGUGACACUCGUGAA